AUGACGCUCAAGAACCUACGACUUGGGCUAGCCAUUGGCCAUGGCACAGGCCGGGAGCUGAUUGCGGUCUUCAAGAAGGUCAUCCAAGUGUUAGCAAGCAAGUACUCUCUACAUGUCGAAUUCAUCGAAGCAUCCCGUAUAUACCAUUCGUAUCAUACGCUCACUGUCUCCGGAGAAGAAAAAGACCUGAUCAAACACAUCGCGGACGAAACGACCCAAGAUGCAGAGGACUACCGCAAUUUCUGCGAGACAGCUGCAUCCAAAGGAAUUGCUGCAAUAUUCCGCACGGCAAUCCACGCCCAGUCGCUCUAUCUCGUUCGGGAUCAACUGAAGGCCGUCAAAAUUGAACAUUUCGACCUGGGGGACUCAAAUGCCCUGCUCUUCAUUCGAGAUGAGGCUCAGGGCUUCUACGCUGGUGUCAAUGAGUACCACAACGACAAUCACAGCAUUACACGAACCAGCCCCUUUAGUCGCUCCACCUUUGACCAAAUCCUGGCAUAUUCUCUGGAGAGAGCCACGGAGGAGUGGGGCGUGGAAAAUGUCCCGAAAUCAGUCACGCUUGUUUACAAAUUCCACCUCUUCGACGGGGUCUUCCAAGCCUGGGCACCACAUUGGAGGUCCCGCUUCGGCAUUGAUGUCGACUUCAUCCAGCCAGACACCAUGAAUCGGAAUCUCAUGGCGUGGGGCGUUCGCGGCCGCCGCAUCAUCAUUGCUGGCAACGAAUACGCCGACAUCAUCCAGCCUGUUUUCUUGAAAUGGUUCGGCAACUCCACCAUUGAAACCAUGUACGCGGAGAACGUGUACUUGAGCCCCAACCUGCAUCGCCUCAGCGAGUACCAGACGGUGCAUGGGUCUGCGGAUGCAAUCGCCGGCCAAGGCCUAGUCAAUCCGUUCGCUACCAUCCGCGCCGCGGCUGCCAUUCUCGAACGGCGCGGAGGAUGCCCUGGUGUUGGAUUCCAACGUCGCACGGAAAAGGCUAUCGAAAGUCUUGUCAUGAGAAAGCUUACCACUCCUGACCAGGGCGGCUCGUGCAGCACGGAUGCGGUAGUCGGGCAUUUUCUGCACGCCAUUGCUGAUCCUCCGGCUCCUGAGACCACUGUUGUCCGUGCCAAUACAGCCUCAGGGCUACCCAAUGCCUGGAUAGGUAAGAAGUCCGCCGUGAUAAUAGUGGACUACCAGAACGACUUCAUCUCAAGCACACCCAGCCCUUCCGUGUCAGAAUUGUCUAACACGAUUCCACGACUCGUACAAUGUGCCCGCAAUGAGGGAAGCGAAGUUAUCUUUGUGCGCUUCCUAGGAGACGCCCGCUUCCAAGGUCCCAGCAUGAAGCACCGGAAUGCAUUGCUAGGAAAAUCGGAGAAAUGCGUUGAGGGCACCUGGGGAGCGGAGCUUGGAUCAGGCGUCACCCCUGAGGCUGACGAGCGGGUCUUUGAUAAGAAGGCCUUGUUCGAUCCUUUCCUGGUUCCAGAGUUCUCGGAGUACAUAACCAAGCAGGGGAUUGAGCAUCUGGUGCUGGCGGGGUUGUACAGUGAUGUGUGUGUUGAUUCCACGGCCCGGACGGCCUUUCAAAAGGGGCUGUGGGUUACUGUUGUUGAGGACUGCACCGCUGCUUUGCAUGCAGACCAAAGUGAACAUUUGAGGUUCAUGGAGAAGAUGUAUGGGGCCCGUGUUGGAAAGGUGGCAGCCUUGUUUAGGAUGAAGGCUUAG